AUCACGGAGGAGGACAUGAAGGAGUACAAGGAGGCGUUCCAGCACUGGGACAAGGACAACUCCGGCUUCCUCGAGCACAAGGAGUUCCGCGCCUUCCUCCUCUCCCUCGGCAAAUUCAACAUCUCCCAGGUGCCUGAGGAGAGUGGGGAUGCCGAGUGGGACCGCAUCAUGGCGCGCCUUGACCCCAACAGCGACGGAAAGGUCUCCUUUGACGAGUUUAUCGCCUUUAUGGUCGAGGAGAGCGCAGAUGCAGAGUCUGCCGACCAGCUCCUCGAGGCCUUCCGCGUCCUCUCAAACGGCCAACCGUAUGUGCUUGCUGCCGAUCUGCAACGUGAGCUGUCGCCUGAGCUGUACGAGUACUGCAUUGCCAACAUGAGCACAUAUGAUGACGGUCCCGAGGGUGCUCUCGACUACUCCUCCUUUGCAAACGCCCUUUAUGGCGAGAGCGACCUCUGAGCGCACCUCUUGUCGACUGACAUGAACCACCGCCCCUUUCCCCUGUUUUUGCGGCUCACUUGCGCUUCUCUUCCUUGCCUCACUGCGUUUUGUUUGUUGCCUUGCUUGCGUUGAGUUGCGUUGCGUUUGGAGUUGCCGUGCCUUGCCGUGUUCCCCCUUUCCUUAGCAUGUGCGCCCACCUCUCUGAGCCACCCCCCUUGCAUGGUAUGGGUGUGCCCUCGUGGUCCACAUGACUGUUGUCAUUUCGUCAAACCAGCAAAACGAAGACGAAAGCACGCACAAACCACAACAAACAACCACCCACG